GUGUGGGUAAGGAUGUUAAAUAUCAAUCUAAAUGUUCCUAUUUUACCCAAGUAGACCUGGCUGCAGAAAGCAUGAUGGGGCGGGGCUACAUGUGUCGCUCCGCCCAUACCUGGUCUCAUUGAUUAGUGUCAAGGUGAUGACGUCACCGCAUCGGUACUAUCACAGUAAAUACAGUUUGAUAUAAUUGUUUAUUAAUAAGCUAAAAUACACACUUUUUUCGUUUAUUAUUUUUGGAAAACAAAUUCAUAAGUACGUUUCCAAGUAGGACUCCACUUACUGCUUUACUUGCCUGACUAUAAAAUAUUUUAAUGUCAACGAAUAUUGUUGAUGUACAAAUUAGUUAUAGCUUUUUUUUGUUUGUUUGUUUGGUUUAUAUAUAUUUAUUUUAGAAUAACGCACAGAUUUUUUUCUAAUUCAGUUUAGCUCGUUUUACUUUAACUUUCUGGUGACGUCACAACUGCUUGCUUCUAUAGCAACAGGAUCUAUAGAACUUCAGGUCAGAAUUCUGAUCUACGGAGCCCCCUAGUGUCAGGAGAAGGUGCCUUCUUCAGUACCUGUGACACCUACGGAAAGCAGCUCCGAAACUCCAACAAAGACCCUGCAAACUGUCUCUAUGAAACUGUUAGCGGGGUCCACCCUGGGGCAAACCUCAAAGACAAACAAGAAGACCUCACCUAGCUGCAAUGAGAAAAGUGCAGAAAGGAAGCAGGUCAGUGUGAAGCCGACCUCAAACCUCCCUGGUACAAAUUUACAAAACUCAUCGAGGAUCACUUCAAUGAUGGUGGAAAGGAACAAGAUAAUUCUGUAUGGGCAAGAAAAGAAGACUGCAGCAAGGAAGGAGACAGCCUCAAAUAGGCUUAAUAUGAAAACAGCUAAAGUCAGUGAGAGUCCAACCUCAAAACUUCCAGGGAUGAAAUUCAUAAGGGUCAAAGAGGCCCAUGUGAGGACAAAUUUACAAAACUCAGUGGGGACCAGGAAGAAGAUGACCAUGCCUAGUCAAGAAAGGAAGGAGGAAAGGAAGGAAAUGACCCCAUCCAACCUGGAGAACGAAAUGGUAAAACUCAAUAAGGAACUGAAGGAGCUGACCUUUUCUUCCUACAUGAAAUUCAUCAAAGGUGUGCCAGAUCCAUAUGCAUUCAGUUCCAAUGAGAUGAUGCCUAAGGGAAGCACAAAUUGUCCAACUCCAACUGCCUCUGGGGGAACCAUAAAGAGACCGACUCCAACUGCCUGUUGUGGACCCAUAAAGAGUCUGACUCCAACUGCCUCUGGGGGAACCAUAAAGAGACCGACUCCAACUGCCUCUUGCGGACCCAUAAAGAGUCCGACUCCAACUACCUCUGGGGGAACCAUAAAGAGACUGACUCCAACUACCUCUGGGGGAACCAUAAAGAGUCCGACUCCAACUGUCUCUGGUGGAACCAUAAAGAGUCCGACUCCAACUGCCUCUUGGGGAACCAUAAAGAGUCCGACUCCAACUGCCUCUUGGGGAACCAUAAAGAGUCCGACUCCAACUGCCUCUUGGGGAACCGUAAAGAGUCCGACUCCAACUGCCUCUUGGGGAACCGUAAAGAGUCAGACUCCAACUGCCUCUUGGGGAACCGUAAAGAGUCAGACUCCAACUGCCUCUGGGAGGACCGUAAAGAGUUUGACUCCAACUGCCUCUUGCGGAACCGUAAAGAGACUGACUCCAACUGCCUAUGGGAGGACCGUAAAGGGUCCGACUCCAACUGCCUCUUGGGGAACUGUAAAGAGUCCGACUCCAACUGCCUCUGGGAGGACCGUAAAUAGUCCGAUUCCAACUGCCUCUUGGGGCACCGUAAAAAGUCCGACUCCAACUGCUUCUUGGGGAACCGUAAAGAGUCAGACUCCAAAUGCCUCUGGGAGGACCAUAAAGGGUCAGACUCCAAUUCUAUCUGAGGGAAACAUACAGCAUCAGAGUCCAACUCCAUCUGAUGGAAUCAUAAACAUUAUGACUCCAAUUUGUACUCUGUUCCCUGACACAGACUCAGAACUGCUACCUGGAGGGUUGCCUAAUUAUGGAAACAGCUGCUACGUUAACGCAAGUCUGCAGUGUCUGUUCACUGCCGAGAGUUUCUGCAGAGAGCUCUCCGACCUGCUGGACAAUUCUACACACACACUAAAAGACACAUUCCUCAGGUGUUUUGUGGAGUUGUCGAGGUUGAGAAAGGGUUCUGAAGUUGAAGGUGACAGUAGCAAGGAUUUGCUCCUCCUGGCACUGAUUGAAUCAGCUGCAGUUCACAAACCAGAAUUCACCAUCGACAACCAGAAUGACGCCCAUGAAUUCCUCUGCUACUGUCUGACCCAAAUGGAGGAGUCUGGGCGAAAGCUGGGUUGGCAAGAGGAUGUGAACCCUAGAUGUCCAGUCACAUCCAAUUUCAAGUUCAAGAUGAGGAACAUCAUAACAUGCUCCAGCUGUGGAUCCCAACAGAACAACAAAGUGGAAGUGUUUAAUCAUGUCCCUAUGCCCCUGAAGCACGACUCGGUGGACCAGUGCCUCUCUGACGUAGUUAAUAAGCUGACAUUGUUGGAGAGCAAGUGCGAGGUGUGUGGAGGAGAAUCUGCCAUCUCCAGGUGGAAGUUCCACACUCUGCCCAGGUUUCUGAUUCUGCAGCUGAACAGGUUCAAGAUGACGGAAUAUCACACAGUCGAGAAGCUGGUGAUGCCAGUGGACAUCACACCUGAGCUGCAGAUAAACUGCUUUCCUCAUUCAGACAUGCCCGGAAUAGAGAACAGUAGAGCUGAGGCCAGAGAGACAGACAGAAAUGAACUGGGUGGAUCAACCUCUACGUAUCGACUGAUCAGUGUCCUGAGCCACAUUGGAAGUACAGCAUGCUAUGGGCAUUAUGUGAGUGAGUGUUCCAGUGGAACACCUACAACAUGGAAGACCUACGACGACAAGCUGGUCACGCUGACCAGCGAGACGGACAUGUUAGAGAGGAGGUUGACUAGUGCCUAUGUGCUCCUCUAUGAGAGAGUGAGCACUGGCUGAAGCCCUUCCUCUUCUCCAGAAAGAUGCAAGAAGAUGGAGUUGUGGUGAGAGGUGUCUGGGCAAGUGAGAGCGGGGUGGCAUAGGGGCACACAAGGUGUCUGUCACAGCCAGACUAUCUGCACCUGUGGGUUCGGCCCCUUGGACCGGUGAGCAGCUCGAUAACUGCAAAGUAGCAGUCCAGGAAGUGAUCAUGAACUCUAGAGCCCAGAGUAUGCAGGCCUGUGCUGAAAAUGUAUGUGGCAGCCAUGUUGGCCUGACUGCAGCACAGAGGAUAACAUCUAGUUGGGAGCACAUAGGUUCAUAAAAGUGUUGUGAGCUAAGGAGCUAAGCACCUCCAUUUGCCUAACUCCUCCAAACGCCAGCGUGUGAUCUUGCCAUUUUGUUGCAGGUUACAGGAUGCUGAUCUGAAAUUCGUAUGUGUAGACUACUUUUUGCUUGCCAUCACCUGAGCAAAAAAAGUGGAAUAACUGCAUGCCUUGGUGAGAAGUUCACUCGGCAUGCUCUUUUGGCCAGAUGAUUAUGGAGUGAUCUUGUGGCUGAACCCUGGGUUCCUGCCUAAGGUUGUUUCUUAGACACUGUACUGUAGAAUUGUACCUCAACACUUCUGCUCUAAUCAUAAACACCAUGAGGUUCAUAAAGAGACUUUUUUCAACGCCCUCAAUACUGUCCCUGUAUAGUACACUAUUUAGGAAGAGUAUUGAUUUAUAAUUUCACUAUCCUGUGUCACCCAGAAGAGGAUGGGUUCCCUUUUGAGCCUGGUUCCUCUCAAGGUUUCUUCCUCGUCAUCUGAGGGAGUUAUGCCACUGUCGCCUCUGGCUUGCUCUGUAGGCAUUUAAAUGUAUAUCCAGAGUUAAUUAUAAUGAGUCUUUAUAGAUCACAUAUCCAUUACAGCACAGUGAAAUUCUUCACAUACCCCAGCAUGUCAGGAAGUUGGGUUCAGAGCGCAGGAUCAGCCAUGAUACAGCGUCCUUGGAGCAGAGAGGGUCUUGUUCAAGGGCCCAACAGUGGCAGCUUGGCAGUGCUGGGGCUUGAACUCCCAACCUUCCGAUCAGUAACUCGGAGCCUUAACCGACAAGCUGUUGCCAAUUCUGGCAAGCUGCGCCACUGUCACUUUACAGUGACACCACUGUGUUGAUCUGAUGUUCACAGCAGGCUCAAGAUCUAUUGCCAGUAAAUUCUAUUUCAUUUCAAUGUCUUCAGCUUUAAAAAUAAAUUAUGUUCUCAUA